AUGAUGCAGGUCGGGGAAAUAUUUCUACCCGAAGACAAAGACUUUCGUCAGUUCAAACUUGACUGCACAACUGAUCAAGGGUGGACUGUAUGUUAUGACAAAUCAUCAUGCCGUGUAUCAACUAAGACCAAUUCUCUAUCGCCAUUCAAUGUCCUACGUGUUCAAUCAGAGUUCAGUGGCAUAUCAGCAGAAUUACUUUAUGAUGUUAUACACGAUAGUGCAUUUCGUUCCACAUGGGACACAGCUAUGUUAGAAGGUUAUGAAAUCUGUUCUGUCCUGCCGAACAGUGAUAUAGGUUAUUACUCAAUUAGAAGUCCAACACCAUUUAAAAACCGUGACUUUGUAACACAACGUUACUGGCUUGAUUUCGGACGUAAUAGUGAAAAAUAUAUUAUUAAUCAUUCUGUCAAUCAUCUUCGUGAGCAACCACGCAAAAAUUUCGUUCGUGGAAUAUCUUAUCUGACAGGCUAUUUAAUUGUACCAUCAGGGCCUUCAUCAUGUACAUUUUAUUACAUGACACAAUCAGAUCCUGGAGGUAGUUUACCGUCCUGGUUUGUUAAUAAGCUUUCGAAAGUACUUGCGCCAAAGUUAAUGAAGAGAUUAGGUAAAGCUUGUACAAAAUAUGAUAAUUGGAAAGCCAAAAAUCAACCUUCACAUAAACCAUGGCUAUAUCCCGAACAGAUGACCAUAGCUCGUUAUAUUCCAAGUGAAAUAGGAAUAUUUGACGUCAAUGAAACGUUAACAGCCUCAGCUAACACAGGUGAAGCAACUGUAGGAGAAAAUACAGUCGAAAUAGAUAAUUUUGUGAAAGAAGAUUAA